UGAUUUGAUGCAUUAUUGUAGUAGUGACAAUGAUUUUAUGAUUAUACAAAGGCGUGGCUGCUGCGGUGCUGCCACACGUGCAAAGCGAAGUAUGGAUGAUGAGGAAAAUGAUCAAGAACUUUGUGAAGAUGACGUUGUGGAAAUCAUCUCUUUAAGUGAAGGAGAAGAGCAACCCAUUGAAGAUCUAGAGGCUGAUUUAGAUGGAGUAGAACUUUCUCAUGACAAAGAUGGCUCGGAUGAUGAGUACAGUAUGGGUGUAAUGGUAAUACAGCCAUUACGCGAUGACUCCAUUACCUGUUUAAAUGAACACAGAGGUCCAGUAUUUGCCAUCGAUGUUAAUUCCAAUGCAAGUUUGGUAGCAUCUGGUAGUCAAGAUGAUAGAGCACUCGUCUGGAGCACAAGCGAUAAGAAUGUGGUUUUUGAAUGCAAUGGUCAUACGGAGUCAGUUACUUGUGUCUGUUUCAGUCACGACGACAAGUAUCUAGCGACGUCAGAUCUAGCAGGCCUUGUACAGGUCUGGCAAUGCAGUAAUGAGAAGUGUGUGUGGAGAUUUGACGCAUCAAAUGUAGAAUGGUUGAUGUGGCAUACUGGUGCCCAUGUGUUGUUAGCUGGUACUACUGAUGGGGAUGGUUGGAUAUGGAGGAUACCCUCAGGUGAUUGCAAGACCAUACCAUCGCACGGCUCUGGGAAUAUGGCUGCUGUACUAAUGCCAAAUGGGAAAUCCUCUUGCUUUGGUUAUUCUGAUGGCUCUGUUAAGUUAUGGGAUCUUAAAACAGUCUCACUAGUGUCUUCUUAUAAUCCUUCACCCAAUCAAAUCUCUCCUGUCACAUGUCUUUCAGUUCAUCCUGAUGCUAGUGUACUAGUUUCUGGUCAUAUUGACGGAACGGCAAGACUCUUCAAUGCUAGCAAUAUGAAAUUAAUUGCAAUGUUGAAUUUGGUUACACCAGGAGGAGAGAACAAAGGAACUUCCCAAGAGAAUGAACAAGAAGAACCUGCUGAGGAUCACUUUACAGAGGCUGUUGGAUUUUUAUCGAGUCAUAACUUGAUACUUGUUGGCUACGUGACUGGUUCACUGGCUGUUUGGGACAUACCAACUCAAAAACUGAGACAUGUUUGUAAACCAGAAAAAAACGAAGGACAGGAUGCUACCUUGGUGAGAAUGUGCGUAUCAGAAAGAGGUCCAUUUGUAUAUAGCUGCCAUUUUGAUGGUGUAAUUAGACUCUGGAAUGUACUAACAGCCCAAUGCAUGAGGGAAUGGCAUGGACACACUGCUGGGAUACUGGACAUUAAACUAACCAAAGAUGAAUCAAUGAUAUUAUCAUCAUCAGAUGAUUCUACAGUGAGACUCUAUGAAACUAGAAAUAUAACAUAAAAUAUUAUUACUAUUAUCA